AAGCAGUGGUACACCUAUAGCAGUAGUCCUGCUGCCGUCCACAGAGGAGUGGAGCGGGCAGAAACAGCACCAGGUAGAGACAGCACUCCAAGCCUGGGUUACGCGUCCGUCAGCAUUCCUAAACCAUGCCGGACCGCGGCAGGAGGCGACGCAUGGUUGCUGUCGGCACAUUAAACGCCGGUUGCUCCAUUUAACGCUGCAUGUCAAAGUUUGCAGUUUCAUGACACAGCAGCGGCAGAGUGAGGACUUAAAGGUACGAGGAGGAUGCAACUCAAAUGGCUUUUCAGACUAAAAAGAGCGGACACGUGGAUUAACAGUGAAUAAAAUCAAGAUGGGAGACUUGGAAUGUGGCUUUGAGGAAAUGCAAGGAGUCAGGUUGGGAUACCUGCUUAUCAAAGGCAAGCAAAUGUUUGCUUUGUCUCAGGUCUUCACCGACCUUCUGAAGAACAUUCCUCGGACCACGGUGCACAAGCGCAUGGAUCACCUGAAGGUGAAAAAGCACCACUGCGACCUAGAGGAGCUCAGGAAGCUCAAAGCAAUAAACUCUAUAGCUUUUCAUGCAGCUAAAUGCACACUUAUCUCGCGUGAGGAUGUGGAGGCUUUGUAUAUCUCCUGCAAAACGGAGCGCGUGUUAAAGUCCAACAAAAGGAAAGCGAAAGUGGCAUGUGCCCCCGAAUACAAGGAGACACCCUCGGAUCUCCGUCACACGGACGCCGAACUGUGGAAGCAAAAAGUUUGGUUUAGUUUGCACGGCGUCCCAGAAACGGUCGCGCGUCACAACAAACUGGGCAGAAGGAAAGAGCGCAGCGACUCCAAACUACCUCAAUUUUACCACAAAUCCACGGGGCGUGAACAGCGCUCAGUUGCUCGAUCUAGUCAUAAACACUUCAAAAACUAUGAAAAUGAUAAAAUAACAGGGAAUCGUUUUGCUUGGAGCCAAAGGCAUGGGUUUUUCCGGAGCUCUGUAAGCCGGCAGCCGGUUUUGUUUCAGUCCGCCAUAGCGACUCAGACCAAGCACUCGCGCUUAGCCGGCGACCUACUUCACAAAAGGAAGAGGAGGCGCGAGGGGGGCGGCGGCAGAGACAGCACGAGACAACACUCGUGGAGCAGAAGCAAACAGGCGCACCACGUAUCUCCUGUGCUUUUCCUUCAUCCCAAAACCUCUGGAUCUUCGUUUGGUAGUUUUCACCUCAGCCCAGAGUUUUACUUUGACCCUAGGCCACAACAUUAUCACCAUGAUCCCCAUGGAAGUUUUCCGGAGAGCUACACCAGCGACACUGAGUCAAGCAUUUACUCGGACAGGGACUACCAGGACUCCGACUUUGGCUCCGGUCUCUCUAGCACCAGCAGCUCCGACGAGGAAGAGGAGGACGAAGAGGAGUCUGAAAGUUCAGAGGUCAGCACCGACGAGGAGGACAGCUCAUCUCAGUCAGACUCCAGCUCCGUCUCCAGCAGGGUCUCUGUUCAGAGCAUUCGGUUCAGACGGGCCCGGGUCGGUUCUUUAGCCAAAACUCUCAACAAAGCACCUUUGGUCCUUCAACCAACCUUUCACUACAACAAUCAGGACAAACAGCACAAGUCGGACCUCGUUGGCCCUUCCCCAAGUGACUUAAAAUGCAAUGAGGCUAAAAAAGACUUUGGACCUUUAAAACCACCAAAAUUUACCCCACUUGUUCGGGCAGACAGUUUCUUCGCCGAAUCCAAACCGGAAAAGUCUGAUCCCAAUAGGACAGUGGAUAACCAGUUUGGGUUAAACCAGAGCAAUUUCUUUCCAGGCUUGGUUAAAGCACAAGGACUUGUAUCCACCAAAAAUUCUCCACAACUGUGUGAACAUAGUGACCAGGACAAGAGACCCAAAUGUAACGAGAAAAUAGAUGAAUUAAGAGUGCCAUGCGUUAAAGUUUCAGCUAGUCCACUGAAAAAAAUCAAAACAGAGACUGAAGAGCUUUUGGUCACUACUGGCCCCCAAUCACACAGCGACAGGGCAAGUAGGACACCCCCCUUUAACAUCCAAAAUGUGAAAAUUAAAGAGGAAACCUGCGAUGACUAUGAAUACCAGGACGCAGUUGUUGGAUGUAAACGUGAUCUAACAGAAAGCCUGGAGCAUGGAGAAGUUUUUAAAAGGGUAAUCGAGGAGAGUUCUGAUGUAGCCCCCACGUCCCCAUGUGGCCCCCAGGAAUGUAGAAGCACCCAGGACACGGCAGAUGAGGGGGCGCGCUUGAGGACUAGAAACUGUAAAACUGUGGCGCUAGGGAAAAGACCUAUGAUUCUCAGAACAAAACAGAGCAGGCCCAAAAGUACUCCUUGCUCUUCAAUAUCAUCAUCCUCAUCUUCUCGUUCCGAAGAUACACAAGUGCUGGAUAUACCGAGCAGGCGUAAACGCAGCACUACAUACACUGUAGUAGCAUCUCCAGCAAAAAUGCCUUUCAGUUUAAUGGCAAAUUUUCCGUCCACACCGUCUUUGGUUGUUGGCAGCGAUGGGGAUUUGUGUCCUGCUUACUCCCUGAACUCGUUGAGGGGCCUCCCCGGGCCUCCCCCUCAGUCCCACCCCGUGUGGAAGUGGCAGCCUGGCGGACACAUUUUCCCUCCCCCACACGCUCAAAGAACGAGGAAAUAGUCAAAAACAAAAGCUUGAACCAUGGCUAUAACCCGCCAGAUCGUAGCUCCUGUCUGUGCGUUAUGGGCUGUUCUUAACAGUUUAAUUCAUGUUUAUUCUAUUAUUUUGUUGCUGUAAAUGGAGAUACAUUCCACUUAUGACAAAAGUUUUAUUUCGGAAAAAUGGAGUUUCAGAAAGCGCGCAGACGACUGAGACACCGAUGAUGGAUCUGCUUAGAAUCGAAUAACUUUUUAAAAUGCUACCAAUCCUAAGCAAUAUAUUUGUAUGUAUUUCUAUUAUGUUGUAUUUACUUGACAUGGCUUUUAAACGGCUUGACCUGGUGGAUUGUAUGUUGCCACUGCCAGAUUUCACUGAUGUGCUUUGUCUGAAAAGGGAAGAGGUUAACUCGCAGCGUUUCUGUGACCAUUUUAAUUCGAAAAGAGAAGCUUGUUUCAUUAUUUCGACUUUUCAAAUUGUUUUUCAUAUGCCUAUACGGCUGUCAUUCUGGUUGAGCUGCGUAAGGGUUAAAUCGUAUGCUAUACGAUUCAAGUGGGUAUGUCUGCGCGCUAACGCUUCACGUAAACUUCUCUAGAGGUUGUAUGGUUUAGUUUGUGCCUCUAGACCCGCGCUUGUGUUUUUCCAUGCAGUAUUGUCAGGUUUAUGAUACAACUGCACUGCCUAGACAUGACAUAUAGGCCUUAUGUAGACUAUGGACAAUCACAAAUAAUAAUCCUUACAAAGUACAAGCUUUCAUUUCAAUCGCCAAUCAUUUCCCCCGUUUGUACAUGCCACUUUUACGCACCAAUCCUGCGCGUAAAAGCGUGCCAAGGUGCGUCUGUGCUAAUAAAGGCCUAUGAAACAGGAUUGGUAGCUACAUAAAGAAAGACAGAACCAAAACAGCGUGGUACAUCUUUUCUGAAAACUCUAAAAACACCCAUGUAACAAAGCACUGCAGACACUGGCAGGCAUUGCACUUUGUUGGGAGUCUAGUUUCAGUGUGAAAACACUGGACGGUGCUAGAUCGUUUAAUUGUUCAAUCACCUACAUUUUAAGCCUUAAAACCACACCACAAAGAAGGUGCUCCUUUAGCUUUCAGAUAUAGCCUAGCAGCUAUUUGAAUGUACGUAGUCCUACUCAAAAGCUGUAGCAUCACCCUCGAGUCAAACGCACAUAUAGUGCACGUUUUAAUGGCAGCCCUACGCUGUGCUAAUUGUCAGUCGUUCUGCCUGCAUGCAGCUAAUGGCGGGCUAGAUCACAACAAACCUAAAGCCCUCAAUGAUGUGAGUCUCCUAAUAACGGCGUGUUCAUUGUAUGACUUGUAAAGGAGUAUAUGUAUGAAUUAUAAGAAUGUGUAGGCCUACAUGAUCCGCUUUAGAACCCCCACCCUUGACACUGAAGAUAAUUCAUGACUUGAAUUUUGAUUCAACUAGUAAAAAUCUCAUAUUUUGGAAGCAGUGCUAAUGGCACGUAAUAGCAGUCGAAAAAGAGGGGGAUGCACAUGAAGGGUCGAGGGGGAGUCUCUGUGUUGCAAGACUUCAACCUUUAAUCCGCAUGUCAAAAGCACAGGCUGCUCAGUAUAAGAAGAGGAGGGAUAGCCCGUGCUUCGCCCCCCUGACGUACCAACCUAUUCUCACGCACGAUUCACAAAGACCCGUUCGACGGAUACGAGAUGGUAUAACGGCCUGGGAGGCCCUUUCCAUCGUUAAGACAAAUAAGUCUUUGGAGUAGACGCUAUCAAUGUAAACAAUUGCAUAGUGUAGCAGCAGCUCGGGGCCCUGCUCCCUCGUCCCUGCCCUUCUUGUUCUCUUUUGAUAAAAUACUUGAGGUCAGGUUUUUGACAUGGAUUUUUAGUCACUGGUUGUUUAUAUAAAACUGAAUAUUUAUUUUUAUGGAUUUUCUGGGCUUUCCUGUUAUGAUUCUUGUUGUGAACUUAUAUAAAAGACAUCUGCACUCGUAUGGAAACUUGAACGGCAGAUUUCUG